UGAACGUUUACUAAAUUUGAAUUUGGGUUUUCAUUUUAGCUUGUCUUCUGAAGAAGUGCUAAUGAAUUUUUAGGCGAACAAACAUGGUGGGCGACCGCUUCUAUGAUAAUGAGAAUAGCAAAACUGUUUGGAUAAUGCUCGCAAAGUGUUUGACAAAAUGUCUGAACCAAAUGCAUCGCAAGCGAUUCACAAAAUUUACAAACCGAAUGCUUUUUAUGGAAUGUGAUGAUUAGAGAGUGUGCUAGGAAUGGACUUCACAAAGAGGCUCUUAAAGUCUAUUGCAAAAUGUAUGAGGGAGGCAUACAGCCAGACAAUUUCACGUUUUGCGCAGUGCUGAAGGCGUAGGGAACUCCUUGAUAGAUAUGUCUGCCAAAUGCAAGAAGGUUGAGAUUGCACGGCAAGUGUUUGACAAGAUGCCCACAAGAAUGGUGGUUUCAUGGAGUGCAAUUAUUGCUGCAUAUGCGCCGAAUGGGCAAGACAAGGAAGCUUUGGAACUCUUUGCUCAGAUGCAACUAGCUGAUGUCACACCUAAUUCUGUCACUAUGGUCAGCGUACUCCAGGCAUGUGCCCAUUUAGGAGAUUUGGAGCAAGGGAAGCAAAUCCAUGAUUAUAUAAUCCAAAGUGGAUUGAAGUCGGACAUUUUUGUGGAGAAUUCCCUUAUUGCCAUGUAUGCUAAAUGUGGGAAUUCGGAGCUUGCAAGUCAGUUGUUUGAGUACAUAUCUAAAAGCGAUCUGGUUUCAUGGAAUGCUAUGAUUGCUGGGUAUGCUGAGACUGGACGUGCCAAUGAGGCUUUAGCAAUAUUUAAUCAAAUGCAGCAGGCAGGUGUAGCACCUGAUUCCAUCACUGUGGUGAGUCUGCUUCAGGCAUGUGCCCGUGAAGGCAAUUUGCAAAAGGGCAAGUGGAUUCAUUAUUAUAUAAUUCUAAAUAGGUUUGACUCUGAGAUUUUUGUAUUAAAUUCAUUGAUCGACAUGUAUGCAAAGUGCGGGGUUGUUGAGAGUGCACGUCAGGUUUUUGACAAAAUGUCAAAAGAAAAUUUAGUAACAUGGAAUGCAAUGAUUGCUGGAUAUGUUCAUAAUGGACAUGCCGAAGAAGCUUUGAUGCUUUUUGGUCAAAUGAAACAAAGAAACAUUGAACCUGAUUCAGUGACAAUGGUGAGUCUACUCCCAGCAUGUGCUCACUUAGGGUUCCUGAAUCAAGGGAAGUGGUUCCAUGAUUAUAUAGUUCAAAAUGGAUUUGAGAUGAAUCUUCCUAUUGGGAAUUCCUUGAUUGACAUGUAUGCCAAAUGUGGGAGCAUAGUUGCCGCACGAAAAUUGUUUGAUAGAAUGUUGCAGAGAGAUGUGGUCUCAUGGAGUGCGAUGAUUUGUGGGUAUGGUAUGCAUGGACACGUCAAAGAUGCUCUUGAACUAUUUCAUCAAAUGCAACAGACAGGCACAAAGCCAAACCACAUCACCUUUGUUGGUGUUUUGUCUCCAUGUAGUCAUGCAGGUUUGUUGGAGGAGGGAUGGAAGUAUUUUGAUUGCAUGGUUCAAGAAUACUGUAUCACACCUAGCAUGGAACACUAUUCCUGCAUGGUUGAUCUUCUUGGGCGCUGUGGAAAUCUUGUCGAGGCAGAAUGCUUUAUCAAAAACAUGCCUUUUAAACCAGGUCCAAGUGUGUGGGGGGCCUUGCUUAAUGCCUGCAGGAUCCAUGGCAAUAUUGAGCUAGGAGAACUUGCAGCAGAAUGCCUUUUCGUCUUAGAGCCUAAAAAUGAUAGUUCUUAUAUUCUAUUAUCAAACAUUUAUGCAGCAGCUGGAAGGUGGGAUGAUGUAGAUAAGUUGAGAACGGCAAUGCAAGGCAGGGGCUUGAAAAAGAGACCAGCGUGCAGUUUAAUUGAGGUAGACAAUAAUAUUCAUGCAUUCCUUGUAGCAGACAGUUUGCAUCCUCAAAAUGAAGAGAUUAAUAAAAUGUUAAAGAUGUUGAUAAUGGAGUCAUCGACUCAUCAGGAUGUGUCCCUAAUAUCAACUUUGUGCUGCAUAAUGUAGACUAGAGGUAAACUAAAACUUACUCUGCAGUCACAGUGAGAAGCUUGAAACUGCUUUUGGGUUUCUCAGCACAAGACCUGAAACUGCCAUCCGUAUCACGAAAAUCCUUCGUGCUUAUGUUGACUGCUAUGAUGUCACCGAAUUCAUCUCAAAAAUCAUUGACAGGGGAAAAACUACAGGGGAUUUAAAGAGAUUCCUAUCCUUUCAAAAUAUGUACAGCAAGCAUAGUAUUUCCUUGCUGAAAACUUAUCCAUAUAACAUGCCCUGAGAAGUUGUUGAGAGUUUAAUGGAUCCAGAGUGUAGUUGAGCUGAUACAUGUAAGUGGACAGGGUGGAUUGGCAAGUCUAGGUUUAUUCAUGAGUUUCUUCAUGUGAUUAUAACCCAUGGGAAUACAAAAUUUGAACACUCUAGUGGGUUGAAGUGAGUGAAAAUCACUUCUUCUUAAGAGGAGAUCUCACAUGCCAUACUCGUGGAGUACUGAUACGCCGCGACGAUUUUAUAAGACAUCGAGACUGAUGAGUCGGAUGGAAUCUGUAGAUUAAUUCCCUGGUUUUAGGGAAUGUACAGUUGAAGACUAAUUCCAUCUGUUUACAUCACAGGAAAAAUCAAUCUUUCAGAUUUUAUAAAUUUGAAUAUUAAAUUUAAUAUUU